AGUAAGAAAUGUAAAAAUGUCAUGUUACCACUAGAUGAAGAUAUCAUGCAGCGCUCUUCAGGAGAAAACCUCAUUACCCUUAAUGUACAUCCAGGUCUUCACAGUACAGAUCUGUCAUAUAAUCCUCCUAAUUAUGAGGAACCUUCUCCGGACCAAUCACAGAUUAUUACCGCAAGUACAAGUCAGAAAAGGAUUAAAAGGUCACAUUGUGGUAAAGAAUCCACAAACAGCUCAGGACUUUCUACACACCGAAGAAGUCACAAAGGAGAUAAAAUGUAUUCAUGUUCAGAAUGUGGGAAAUGUUAUACACUGAAAUCAAAUCUUGUUAUACAUAAGAGAAGUCACACAGGAGAGAAGCCAUAUUCGUGUUCAGAAUGUGGGAAAUGUUUUACAAUGAAAUCAAUUCUUGUUAAACAUCAGAGAUGUCACACAGGAGAGAAGCCAUAUUUGUGUUUAGAAUGUGGGAAAUGUUUUGGAAAAAAAUCUAAUCUUGUUAUACAUAAGAGAAGUCACACAGGAGAGAAGCCAUAUUCAUGUUCAGAAUGUGGGAACUGUUUUGCAGUGAAAUCAAACCUUGUUAUUCAUCAAAGAUGUCACACAGGAGAGAAGCCAUAUUCGUGUUCAGAAUGUGGGAAAUGUUUUACAGUGAAAUCACAAUUUGUUGUUCAUCAGAGAAGUCACACAGGAGAGAGGCCAUAUUCAUGUUUAAAAUGUGGGAAAUGUUUUACAGCUAAAACAUAUCUUGUUUCACAUGAGAGAAAUCAUACAGAAGAGAAGCCAUAUUCAUGUUCAGAAUGUGGUAAAUGUUUUACAUGGAAAUCAAAUCUUGUUAUACAUGAGAGAAGUCACACAGGAGAGAAGCCAUAUUCGUGUUCAGAAUGUGGGAAAUGUUAUACAGUUAAAUCAAAUCUUGUUAUACAUGAGAGAAGUCACACAGGAGAGAAGCCAUAUUCGUGUUCAGAAUGUGGGAAAUGUUUUACAAUGAAAUCAAUUCUUGUUAAACAUCAGAGAUGUCAUACAGGAGAGAAGCCAUAUUCGUGUUCAGAAUGUGGGAAAUGUUUUACAGUGAAAUCAAAUCUUGUUAAUCAUCAGAGAUAUCACACAGGAGAGAAGCCAUAUUCAUGUUCAGAAUGUGGGAAAUGUUUUACAGUGAAAUCACAUUUUGUUAAUCAUCAGAGAAUCCACACAGGAGAGAAGCCAUAUACAUGUUCAGAAUGUGGGAAAUGUUUUACACAGAAACCAAGACUUUCUACACACCGAAGAAAUCACAAAGGAGAUAAAAUGUAUUCAUGUUCAGAAUGUGGGAAAUGUUAUACAGUGAAAUCAAAUCUUGUUAUACAUGAGAGAAGUCACACAGGAGAUAAGCCAUAUUCAUGUUCAGAAUGUGGAAAAUGUUAUACAGUGAAAUCAAAUCUUGUUAUACAUGAGAGAAGUCACACAGGAGAUAAGCCAUAUUCAUGUUCAGAAUGUGGAAAAUGUUAUACAGUGAAAUCAAUUCUUGUUAAACAUCAGAGAUGUCACACAGGAGAGAAGCCAUAUUCGUGUUCAGAAUGUGGGAAAUGUUAUGCAGUGAAAUCAAUUCUUGUUAUACAUAAGAGAAGUCACACAGGAGAGAAGCCAUAUUCGUGUUCAGAAUGUGGGAAAUGUUUUACAAUGAAAUCAAUUCUUGUUAAACAUCAGAGAUAUCACACAGGAGUGAAGCCAUAUUCGUGUUCAGAAUGUGGGAAAUGUUUUACAAUGAAAUCAAUUCUUGUUAAACAUCAGAGAUGUCACACAGGAGAGAGGCCAUAUUUGUGUUCAGAAUGUGGGAAAUGUUUUGGAAAAAAAUCAUAUCUUGUUAUACAUAAGAGAAGUCACACAGGAGAGAAGCCAUAUUCAUGUUCAGAAUGUGGGAACUGUUUUGCAGUGAAAUCACAUCUUGUUAUUCAUCAGAGAUGUCACACAGGAGAGAAACCAUAUUCAUGUUCAGAAUGUGGGAAAUGUUUUACAGUGAAAUCACAAUUUGUUGUUCAUCAGAGAAGUCACACAGGAGAGAAGCCAUAUUCAUGUUCAAAAUGUGGGAAAUGUUUUACAGCUAAAACAUAUCUUGUUUCACAUGAGAGAAAUCAUACAGGAGAGAAGCCAUAUUCAUGUUCAGAAUGUGGUAAAUGUUUUACAUGGAAAUCAAAUCUUGUUAUACAUGAGAGAAGUCACACAGGAGAGAAGCCAUAUUCGUGUUCAGAAUGUGGGAAAUGUUAUACAGUUAAAUCAAAUCUUGUUAUACAUGAGAGAAGUCACACAGGAGAGAAGCCAUAUUCGUGUUCAGAAUGUGGGAAAUGUUUUACAAUGAAAUCAAUUCUUGUUAAACAUCAGAGAUGUCACACAGGAGAGAAGCCAUAUUCGUGUUCAGAAUGUGGGAAAUGUUUUACAGUGAAAUCAAUUCUUGUUAAACAUCAGAGAUGUCAUACAGGAGUGAAGCCACAUUCGUGUUCAGAAUGUGGGAAAUGUUUUCCAGUGAAAUCAGAUCUUGUUUAUCAUCAAAGAUGUCACACAGGAGAUAAGCCAUGUUCGUGUUCAGAAUGUGGGAAAAGUUUUACAGUGAAAUCACAUCUUGUUAAUCACCAAAGAUGUCACACAGGAGAGAAGCCAUAUUCAUGUUCAGAAUGUGGGAAAUGUUUUAGAAAAAAAUCAUAUCUUGUUAUACAUAAGAGAAGCCACACAGGAGAGAAGCCAUAUUCGUGUUCAGAAUGUGGGAAAUGUUUUACAGUGAAAUCAAAUCUUGCUAAUCAUCAGAGAUAUCACACAGGAGAGAAGCCAUAUUCAUGUUCAGAAUGUGGGAAAUGUUUUACAGUGAAAUCACAUUUUGUUGUUCAUCAGAGAAGUCACACAGGAGAGAAGCCAUAUUCAUGUUCAGAAUGUGGGAAAUGUUUUACAUCUAAAUCAUAUCUUGUUACACAUGAGAGAAUCCACACAGGAGAGAAGCCAUAUAAAUGUUCAGAAUGUGGGAAAUGUUUUACACAGAAACCAAGUCUUGUUGCACAUCAGAGAAGUCACAGAGUAGAGAAGCCAUAUUCAUGUUCAGAAUGUGAGCAAUGUUUUACGCAAAAAUCAGAUCUUGUUAGUCAUGAGAGAAAUCACAGAAGAGUAAGGAUACGAUCACAAUUCCAGAAUUUAGACUUUGAUUUUGAUUCCAAUUAAAGAAUGACGUUACUGAA